CUCUAAGUAUUUUUAACGACAAGGAUGAAUGUGGAAUUAGGAGAAAUGCAAGCAAGGAGAACGGUAAGUGUGCUUCCCCUCGCAUAACGUCUCUUGCCCAAGUUGCUCGCCAAAUCAAACCCGCAACGCUGGUCAUCGCCAUUCCCAAUUUUCUUGCGUCUGAUCUUGAAAAUUUUCAAAGUGUGGUGAGUUUUGUUCAAUGGCCCGAAAGAAGAUCAGAGAGUACGAUUCCAAGAAGCUCCUCAAGGAGCACUUGAAGCGUCUUGCUGGAAUUGACCUCCAGAUCUGCUCUGCUCAGGUGACUCAAUCUACGGACUUCACAGAGCUAACAAACCAAGAGCCAUCUUCAUCCACAAGAUUGGUGGUGAAGCCUGAUAUGCUGUUUGGGAAGCGUGGGAAAAGUGGGAUGGUGGCUUUGAAUUUAGAUCUAGCUCAAGUUGCAGAAUUUGUCAAAUCACGUCUUGGAGUUGAGGUUGAGAUGGGUGGUUGCAAGGCGCCAAUAACAACCUUUAUUGUUGAACCAUUUGUUCCUCAUGACCAAGAAUAUUACCUUUCAAUAAUAUCUGAAAGGCUUGGAUGCACUAUUAGCUUCUCAGAGUGCGGAGGUAUUGAAAUUGAAGAAAACUGGGAUAAGGUUAAGACUGUAUUUCUUCCAACUGAAAAACCUAUGACACUGGAGGCAUGUGCUCCACUGAUAGCAACUCUUCCUUUGGAAGUUCGAGGGAAAAUUGGUGAUUUUAUAAUGGGUGUCUUCGCUGUAUUUCAAGAUCUGGACUUCAGUUUUAUAGAGAUGAAUCCAUUUACAUUGGUGCAUGGGGAGCCAUAUCCACUGGAUAUGAGGGGAGAGUUGGAUGAUACUGCUGCCUUCAAGAAUUUUAAGAAGUGGGGUAACAUAGAGUUUCCACUGCCUUUUGGGAGAGUUCUGAGCCCUACUGAGAGCUUCAUUCAUUCAUUGGAUGAGAAGACAAGUGCAUCUUUGAAAUUCACUGUUCUGAAUCCAAAAGGACGGAUCUGGACAAUGGUAGCUGGAGGUGGUGCUAGUGUUAUAUAUGCUGAUACUGUUGGGGAUUUAGGCUAUGCAUCAGAGCUGGGUAAUUAUGCAGAGUACAGUGGAGCUCCAAAUGAGGAAGAGGUUUUGCAGUAUGCCAGAGUAGUUAUUGAUUGUGCCACUGCUGAUCCUGAUGGUCGUAAAAGAGCCCUUCUCAUUGGAGGAGGCAUUGCCAACUUCACUGAUGUUGCUACUACCUUCAAUGGGAUUAUUAGAGCCCUGAAGGAGAAGGAAGCCAAGUUAAAAGCAGCAAGAAUGCACAUUUAUGUACGAAGAGGUGGUCCAAAUUAUCAGAUUGGUUUAGCGAGAAUGCGUGCUUUGGGAGAGGAAUUGGGAAUUCCCCUUGAGGUUUAUGGACCUGAGGCGACAAUGACUGGGAUCUGCAAAAACGCAAUUGACUGCAUCAUGGCUGCCGCAUGACUUCACUGUCCUUGGUUGUAGCUGAUCCUCGGUUUAGAUAAUGAAUGAAUGUAACUCAAGGUUCAUCAAGGGGAACGAUUCUGCAGAAAGGUUUGGAUAGAGUUGAUGUAAGCUUUGAAGGGAAUUGAUUUCUGUGUUUGUAUUAUUUUUUCCUCUUGAAAUUUUGGGACAAUGAUCUGUGCAAUAAAGCACGGUGGUUGUGAGAUUGUAUGUGAAGCUAUUAGUAACCUUUUGUGGUCCGACGAACGUAUUCUCCUCCAAAUUGCAUGUGUAUGGUGUUAAAGAUAUUAUUACAAUUAUUGAUGGAUCAUAAUGAAUAAAAUCUGACUUUUGCUAAAAA